ACGCCCUCCACCGACCGACCGACAGCCGACUGCAGACUCACGUUAGCGCUCCGGUAGAGCCGCGCACCGCCCGGACCGGGUUUUCCCCUUUUUUUAAAAAUAAAAGUCUGGUUUUGUUUUUCCGUUAUCUUUCCGGACGCUGUUCCAAUAUGGUCUGCGGCGGUUUCACCUGCUCCAAGAACGCGCUUUGUUCCCUGAACGUGGUUUACAUGCUGGUCGGGCUGCUGCUGAUCGGAGUGGCAGCAUGGGGGAAGGGCUUCGGCUUGGUGUCGAGCAUCCACAUCAUCGGAGGGGUCAUCGCUGUGGGCGUCUUCCUGCUGCUCAUCGCCAUCGUAGGACUCGUCGGAGCGAUGCACCACCACCAAGUCAUGCUCUUCUUCUACAUGGUCAUUCUUUUUAUUGUCUUCCUGUUUCAAUUCGGAGUCUCGUGUUCCUGCCUGGCGAUGAACCGCGGGCAGCAGGUGACUCUUCUGAACUCUGCUUGGGGAAUGUUGGAAGACAACACUAAGACAGAUCUGGAGAACCAGCUGAACUGCUGUGGGCUGCUCAACGUCACCAACAGUCGGUUUGACCAGGACGUGCAAAACUGCACCGCUUUAUGCAAAAAGGACGCGUCCUGUUUCACCUGCGGGGAUAUGAUGCUGAAUCAUGCAACAGAGGCUCUGAAGAUCCUCGGGGGCGUCGGACUCUUUUUCAGCUUCACAGAGAUCCUGGGAGUGUGGCUUGCCGUGCGUUACAGGAACCAGAAGGAUCCACGAGCCAACCCGAGUGCUUUCCUAUAGUCUGUCCCACGUACGCAGUGCAGUGCCGUAGUUGCCGUUUCAGACACACUGGCACACAUAGAAUCAUGCACAUCUAGAGGCAGACACUCAGGCAUAUAAACACAGAGCCGACACCAAUCACAACAGCACAGAAUGGACGAGCGCACGUAGCACCUGAGAAACACUGAGAAACAAAACCCUGUCACCAGAGACUGAGAAACUACAACAACCACCUGUCCAGAAAAGAGCUCGAGCUGGAAGACCUGGAUACUUAUGUAUGAAAGGAUAACUUGUUAUACUGGGAAGCCUUGAUUUGAGUACCAGAUUUCCUGCUAGUUUCCACCCAUAUAACAAGCGAUGAGACAUCUCUGCAUGUGUCCUCCGCCUGAUUUCAUUCCACAACCAAAUGACUGUGUGGUGUUCAGCAAAUAACUCGUUAUGCACCUUGAAAAUCUUUCCCUUUUGUCUCUAACGUAGUGCAACCUCUUAACGACAAAUAUACUCCUCUGGUCAGUGCUAUCGGUGAUGUGUUCAACUGUUAGACCCAAAAACAUGUCCAGCGUGAUGAAUUUGUUCUCAGAGUCCGUCGAGGAGAAAGAGAGAAAACCUUACUGGACGCGUGUUGUAAAGUAGUUUUUGAACUGUAUGUAAAUGUUUUUUGGUUUUUUCCAGAUGCCACAAAUGCCGGGAUUUAACAGGAUUUAACAGGAUUAGGAAGCAAGAGUAGAUUUUAGGUAACGUAGUUGUUAGUCAUUCUGCUGGGGUUCAAAUAUUUAUGAACUGUAACUGAGCCAACUAACUUUAAACAGUCAGAGAUAUUAGGAUGCCAAUGGACUGCAGCCUUGAUGUUGUACAUAAUCUUUUAGAAAUCAUUCUCAUUGGGUUCGUAGUUGCCCCUCCAGUCGGGAGGUUUGCCUGCAUAUUUGAGGUCCCUGAAGGCCACAAUCAUCCACCCUUCCUGUAUUUAAUACGUUCCUUUGUGUCGCACAGUGAUGUUGCUUAGUAUAGAGUCCGGUAGUAGAGAAGUGGAUUCAGGUACGUAUCAUUUCCUCCUGUGUAACUGGAAGAAAUCACACAAAAAAAUGUUUUAAAAAAAUAAAAUAGUGGUUUGAUUUGAAAUAAUUUGGGUAAAUUUGGCCAAAACUGCGUAUCGCAAACCCAGUUUUGUUUUUAUAGUGUUAAUUGUGAAAAUAUGCUCUUGGUUGCAAUUCUUUUAUUCUUUAAAAAAAAUAAAAAAAUAUUGUUUUGUAAAGUUCCGAUACCAGAAUCAUAAAUUCCUUCAACGCUGCCUAUAAAGUGACAUCGGGUGUUGGUGAGUACGUGUGUGUCUCUGCACCGAUCCGACACCACGUAAUUUAUUAGCCCCUGAAACGGGACCCUGCUUGUCUCGGAUCGGUAUGAGCCGAUACGUAAAGUUCAGGUUUCGGCUUCAGGAUGGAAAGAAAUGGUAUCGGAGCAGCUCUGUUGUUCUGUUCUGUUGCCAUCAGCUCUUUUUCUGUUUAUCAGUGUUAAAUGCUUUGUAAAAAACUUGUUAAAUAUUUUCAGGAUAUAUUUAAGUUAAGUUUGAUGACGCACAUUAGGCUUAAAUUAUGUUGUAGUUUGGAUGAUGUAACUUUUGAUGCCGAGCUCGAUGUAAAUCCCUGCUCAUUAAUUCUCUCUUUUGAUAUGUGUUUUCUCUUUUUUGAAUUGCUUUUAACUUAAAGGACUAACACAAACUGUAAUUACAUGUCUUACUUGAACCUGUCAACUUGGCUGAUAUGGAUUUCCUGCUGCUGAUUUGGAGUUAGAUCUUACGCAUUAAUAUGCCAUAUAUUACACCUCACUUUGAAUUUGUGUGCACUUGUUCUUCAAUUGUAUCUUGAAUUUUUGAGACUUAAUUUUCCAAAUAAUAAAACCGCAAAUUGGAAACCGUC